UACAAUUCUCAUAGUGCAGCAUGUACUAACGCGCGAGAAAGUCGUCACAGGUCGUACUGAGGUAGUAGUUUGUCUGUGUAGUAAAAAUAAAUCGGAUAGCUUUUUUGUUGCGUGUAUUUUAAAAUCAAACCCCAAACCAGUGUGUAGGCAAGCAAAAUUUGCUGUGUAAUUCAAAUAAAUUGCUGACUACUUGUGUGACAGUAACCCAAGCAUAGUGUAGUUCCAGACUGGAUGUUCUUAAGGUGAUAAACAAGUGUUUUUAAAACAAACUACAAAUAUAUUCUCACAUAACCAUGGAGAAUGAAAACGAAAUAAUUGAAGAAAUAAAUUAUAAAGAAUAUUUGUCACAAGAAAACAAAUUCAUAGCAUGUCAAUUGGAUGAAAAAAAUAUGAAUGGAAAUGUAUUGAAUGAGAAAGUCUAUGAGAACAAAUCAACAGAAGAAAGCAAUCUUCGUCGCCGAAUACCAUGGAGUGAUAGAGUGUCAUUGAACAGUGAUAUUCCAGGUUUGCACGAAGUAAAGGAGUUAUUAGAUGAUGACGAUACAAGUUGUCUGGCUGAAGAAGAAGAUGGAAUUGGUUGCCCACUACCAUCUACUCCAGAAGAUGACCGUCUUCUGGAUUGUGAAAUGACAGAAGUAUUGAAAGCUGGAGUAUUAAGUGAUGAAAUUGAUCUUGGUGCAUUGGCACAUAAUGCUGCUGAACAAGCUGAAGAGUUUGUUAGAAAGGUAUUGGAAGCAUCUUGGAAACAAUGUCAUUUUAGACACCUUCCAAGGUGGUUACAAGAUAAUGAUUUUCUUCAUGCUGGUCAUCGACCACCAUUGCCAUCAUUCAAUGCUUGUUUCAAAAGUAUUUUUCGCAUUCAUACUGAAACUGGAAACAUUUGGACUCAUCUUUUAGGAUGUGUGGCUUUCAUUGGCAUAGCAAUUUAUUUCUUAACACAAUCGCAUAUAGAUAUAAGAUGGGAAGAAAAAGUUGUCAUUGGUACCUUUUUUGCUGGAGCUAUAAUUUGCUUGGGCAUGUCAUUUGCAUUCCACACUGUUCAUUGUCACAGUGAAUGUGUAGGAAAAUUGUUUUCAAAAUUGGAUUACUGUGGAAUAGCUAUGCUUAUCAUGGGAAGUUUUGUUCCAUGGUUGUAUUAUGGAUUUUACUGUGAUUUCCAACCAAAAGUGAUUUAUUUAUCAGUUGUAGUUGUGCUUGGCAUAACUAGCAUUGUAGUUUCUUUGUGGGAAAGAUUUGGAGAACCUAAAUAUAGGUUCCUCAGAGCAGGAGUUUUCAUGGGUUUUGGAUUGAGUGGGGUAGUACCAGCUGUUCAUUAUGCUGUAGCAGAAGGUUGGUUCAAAGCUGUGAGCCAAGCUUCAUUGGGUUGGUUAAUAUUGAUGGGAUGCCUAUACAUAUUAGGAGCGAUGUUUUAUGCUCUACGUGUUCCUGAACGAUUUUUCCCUGGAAAAUUCGAUAUUUGGUUCCAAAGUCACCAAAUCUUCCAUGUAUUGGUAAUAGCAGCUGCCUUUGUGCAUUAUCAUGGAAUAACUGAAAUGGCAAUGUAUAGAAUGAGUAUUGGUGAUUGUGCUGUUCCAUCUCAGAUAAUGGCGUUUUAAAAAAAAUAGUUCAAUUUUACUAAAAAAUUAUACCCUAUAUUCCGAAUACUUCAAGAUUUCUUGUAAUUUUCUGACUUUUAUCAAUGAAAAUUAAGAUUUGAAGUAUUUGUGAAUGAAAAGAAAUUUAAACAAUGUUAUCAUCAUGGAAAGAUUCAAAUUGAAACCAGUUAAAUCUUUCAACUAAUUGAGUAAUUUAUUGAAUAUAUUACUUUACUACUGUAAUACCAUUUGGAAAUCAUUAGUAAGAUUUACCGCUUAUUUGUUAAUUUUUGUUAAUUGAUUUCCUUAACACUUAAUGAUUACUUAAUUCUUGUUAUUACUUAGUAGAGAAACAAUACAAUUAUAAUACGGAUUAGUAAAGAAGUUCUUAGUUAAAAAUAUUGCUUUAAAGUAGAUGGACGCUUCAUGAACAAAAAAUACUAGUUACUAAAAUUGAUUUUCUAACAAUUUGAUUGAUCGUUAAAAAUAAUUUAUAACGAACAUUCAGUUAGCUUGCUCUCGAUAAAAUUAUUGUUCGUCUUUCUGCACGAUUUGCAUUAAUAACAGUUUAUUUCAUUACUUUAAUACUGUGUUACGAUCUAUAUUUUUGAAGAAAGUAAUGAGACUUAUAAAUACAUACAUUGGAAAAGAAGUGUUAGUUAUUGGUGAAGCGUAAAUUUCUGCGUGUUUUUUGCAAUCUCAGUCCCGAUUUUGUGAAACAAAGUACCAAUUUUAUAAAAGAAAAGAGAUUGUGUAAAGCGGAUAUUUGAACAUUUUAUUUACAGGAAAGUAGAAAAAAAACUACCAAACCCAGUCUACGUAGCAUUUCAAAUUAGAAUCGGCAUUGCUGUCUAUUGGCAGUUUGAAAAAAAUAAACAACCGCAUAUAUUUCAUAAAGUAUCUUUAUAUCUUUUCUACGAAUUUAUAUAUAUUUAAUCACUACAAUUAUAAAAAGAUUCAUUGUAUUUUCAUCACUAAAUUUUUUAUCUCCGCUAAUAUAUUUGAAUAUUAUAUUAGGUGUGACGCAUUCAUCGAUACAUAAUGAUUUAUUUUGUGUAUAGCUCUUAUCUGUCUUUUAUGCGUUGCUAUGGAAAUUGUGUAUAUUUACCGAAAAAAAAUUCAAAGUAUGCUGUUAAACUUUUUACACAAUAAAAUAAAUAUUG